UUGAGAUUGAUCUGUAUACAGAGCAUGUCUGCUUAUCGAGACUGUCGUACGGUGUCGCUUGGAGAUUCUGAUAUCAAAGACGCAGGCAUGCUGUUAAUCAAAGUAGCCGGUGUGAACAGACGUAAAAGUCAGAAUAACGACGUGUCUGACUAUUUGCGUGAGGCCAUCAGACAGGGACGUAUUGACUGGUGUAGACAGCUUUUAGCUCGUGGAGUUUCUGUAGAUGAUAUGGAUUGUGCUGGACGAACACUUCUUCAUGAAGCGAGUUCUAGUGGUCAUCUUGACAUCGUCAAGUUACUCCUAGACACAGGAGCUACUCGACUCAUAAACGCUCGUGCAAUUGGUGGUGACACGGCAUGUCAUCUCGCUGCAAGGUGCGGUUUCGGUCCUGUUGUGAAGACGUUGGUAGAGGCAGGAGCAGAUAUGGAAAUGAAAAGCAGCAGAGGUCGAGAUGUUCGACAGGAAGCUAUUGCUUUUGACCAUCAGCGGACAGCUGCCCUAGUUGAUAGUCUCUUUGACAACCACAACACCUAGACAACUGUGUGGUUUGACUAUUUGAAAUUCACUAGAUGAUAUAUACGGCAUGAUACGC